AAAAGAGGACGGACUAACUUCCGGUGAGCAGUGGCUGCAGCCUACAUGUGUGUUUGGUGUUUUUACUCUACUUUCAUGUAAAUAACUUACAGAAUCAGACUGCAGCACCUCGUUUACCGCAAACAGAGAGAGGCUGAGUCAUGAAUCCGGCGUUUCGAAAGUUGCAGGUGUCUGUCACACAGCAGGCAUUAGUGUUAAAUCAAGCACUUACAUUAUGCCGGGCCACACCAUCCAUCCAGCAUCCUGCUUGGGCUUCUGUAAGCGAAAGACAAUUUAAAUCCAUGCCGACCGAGGGGAUUGGGAGGUAUAGUCAUCUUAUACCUAGAGAAGCGCCAAAGAAAAAGAAAUAUAAACACCAGAUGAAACCGAUCGCGCCAACAACAGAAAAAGUGUACGGGACUGUAAAUGUGAAAGUGUCAGGUUAUGACAUGACAUUGGUGGAGCACUACUCCCAGUACGUCCACAACCUCUGCAACAGGCUUGGCAUCAAAGUGGCAGAAAGCUAUGCUUUGCCGACCCAGACCACAGAGGUCAUGCUAAUGCAAGAGCAAGGCACCAAGCUGUAUGUCGACUCCACCCUAAGGACUCACGAGCGAGUCGUCCAGUUGAGCCUGCUGAAGACCUCAUUGUGUCCCAUCUUCUUGGAAGUGCUUUUAAAGAAUCAGCCAGAGGGAGUUCAACUCUCUGUGAAGGAGCACACCGAGGCUGAUUACAAAGCACGCUUUAAGGGCCGUCCGGAGCUGGAGGGGCUCGUGGCUCAGAUUAACCAAUAGGACCUGUAGACGGCAGGUGUUGAACGUCAUUAGCAAAGGAAUACCGGUUUGAUUUUGUAUAUUUAUUUCCUGGCAUUCCUAUUAAAGGUGAUUAUUUGAAAUAACUACAGUGUACACAUUCGUAUUUUACAUUCUUUUGUGACCUCUGGAAAAUAAAACCCUGUCUAUUUUUUUCCAACGUUAAGACGAUUCAAUUAUUUUUCUUUAAAGUAAAUGUUGUGCACAAAAAUUAUGUAUACAUGAUUGCAUAUGGAAAUUAAAAAUGUAUUCUUAAUUUGAGAUACUUUGCUCCUAAAACAAUCAUCAGGGGCAACUAACAACUAAUUUCAGUAGGCUACUAUUGGCAAUCCUAUUAUAUGGUUGUUGUUUCUAAUAAAUACAAGAGAACUUUAAAUACUAAAGAUACAUUGUUUAUUUUUCUUGAAAAUAUACAUGGAGACAAGAUGAAAUCACAAGAAAAUCAGUGACACGUGAUUCAAAUGAAUCUAUUUUAUAUUAAAACUGGGUAUUAGCAUGGAUAAAUUAUUUCAGAUCAUUUUGGAACCCUGUUGGGUUUUUGAUUAUACAAAUAAAACAAACAGACUUCAUCUAUUAAUCAAACAAAUCUAACAUUUCAACAACAAGCCUUUAUAAAAGCACAUUACAGCAAAACAUCAAAAUCCAUGUAUUCUUACUUAAAAUGCCCCAUGUACCAAGACUGAGUCCUUGCUGCAGUGACCAUUUGAAUCAGACCUGUGGCCCUCUCCCUCUCUCCCCCUUUCCUGUCUAUCUUCAGCUGUCCAAUAAAAGCCCCCCCCCAAAAAAAAAUACAUACAUAUAUAAAUUCAUACAUAUAUAUAUUAAAAAACAUUCUCUGCCAUUUAAACAUUUAAAUUACAAAAUCAGUGCAUUUAAACACACAUGCACAUUUAUGCACAUGCAUCCUUAACAAGUUCAUUGGGUUUGCUUGACCCAUUUUGCUUAAUGUAAAACAAUGAAUAUUAAAGAAUUAAAAAAAGACUGAUAUUACAAAGAUGUAUAAAGAUACAAAAUUAUUUAAACUGAGAAUACUUUCUUAGUUUCUUUCUUAGUCUUUAGUAGUCGUAAGAGGUUUCAUAAAUCCAUAAACAAAACACUAAAUAAAAAAUAUGUAAAUGAUAAAGUUUUAGGAGCUUAGUUUCCUUAAUAAAGUCUCUCUUUUCAUCUGA